AGGGGAGUGACGCAGAUAUUAUAGACGCCCCACAUUUCUAUUAAAUCUACAGGAAUUCAAAUGUCUAAUCUGUAAAUGUCUAAUUUCUUAUUUUACGAGAAUAAAUAGUGAUUUAUAAAAGAGACACAGAUUAAUUUCGUCGCACUGCUCUGCUAACGCCGUUCAUGUUGGAGGUUGCUGCUGUCCACCGUGAAGAUUAGAUGGGAUAGCCAACACGAGAUAUGCCGCAGCCCAAAUCACGAAAAAUCGCCAUUCUCGGGUACAGAUCCGUAGGAAAGUCCUCGCUAACGAUUCAGUUUGUGGAAGGCCAGUUUGUGGACUCCUAUGAUCCAACGAUAGAAAACACGUUCACCAAGAUGAUCACGAUAAACGGACAAGAAUACCACCUGCAGUUGGUAGACACAGCAGGACAGGAUGAAUACUCUAUAUUUCCUCAGACCUAUUCCAUAGAUAUCAAUGGAUACAUCUUGGUCUACUCUGUCACGUCUAAUAAAAGUUUUGAAGUAGUUCAGGUUAUCCAUGAAAAACUUCUGGAUAUGGUGGGGAAAGCUCAAGUUCCUAUUAUGUUGGUGGGAAAUAAGAACGACCUGCACAUGGAAAGGGUGAUCAGCUGUGAGGAAGGGAAGUCACUAGCAGAAUCAUGGAACGCUGCCUUCAUGGAAUCCUCAGCUAAAGAGAACCAGACGGCGGUGGAGGUGUUCAAGCGGAUGAUCCUGGAGGCGGAGAAACUGGAAGGCGGCGUCCAACCAGGGAAGACUUCCUGCUCCUUGAUGUAGAGCUGCUGAUCAAUCAGAACAGAGAACCGAACACUACACUGGGAUAUCCAGUUACUUGAAGGCUUCCUGCCAGUACAACUACUACUCUUCCAACUGUCUUCAACAGUCUUCAACAGUCUUCAACAGUCUUCAACUGUCUUCAACUGUCUUCCAACUUCCAACAGUUUAUUUUUCAGUAUUUCUGUUUGUCAUGAAAGGGUGAGUGGCUGUCAUACUGUACAUUUCCCACAAUCCACUUCUCGUUUCUUCUGUGCUCAGCCCUGAUGCGAAACUGAGAGCCACGUCUAGAAAUAACCCCUAGACCCUACACCCUUAC